GCAUUAUUUCUUCGUGCAACCAGAAAGGCCGAGUUGUUCCGAUUGUAUGUAGAACACGUUGUAUAGUCUCGUAGGGGUUUGUAUAAUUUGUCAUCGCUAUUUGUGUACAAUGAUAAGUGAACGUAAAAUGGGUUGGAACCUUUUGUCGAUGAUUUGUAUUGUUUAUCUUGCUAAAACAGCGAGUGGCGCAAAUAGCUGUCAAGAUGGGUGGGAAUCUUUCAAAGACAAAUGCUUUCUGUUCUCCGAAGACCAGAAAUCUUGGAGUGAUGCAAAGAGCCAUUGUAAAUCCCUAGGAGCACAGUUAGCAGAACUUAAAGACUUUGACACAAAUGAAUUUGCCAAACAUUUUCUCAAUCUUAAGUACCUUUUUCAUAAUGAACAAACAAGACACAAUUUCUUCAUCGGUUUAUCGGACCAAGAUCAAACAAAUGUUUGGAAAUGGACCGUAAGUGGCGAAACAGCUGAUUUUACUGACUGGACUUCCGGUGAACCUUCAGGAGGAACAGAACACUGUACUGUUUUAUGGGGAUACAUUGGUUAUUGGUGGAAUGAUGAAGAAUGUCAAAAACAAUUCCAGUAUAUUUGUGAAGCUGAUAAUACAUUGCCUGUUGUUGGAAAAUAA